UAUGAUACGAGGAAACCGCACUCUCUUGUCAACUAUCAACACCCUUUGCGGCCACGAUUGUCGCCACGGCAUAACUGCAACUCACCGUCACCGGAGAUCACAUCGCAGUAUAGCUCCCCUCCUCACCGCCAUUCCUCGAUUCUUUUCCACUCCAUUCCACUCCCAUCUUCAAUUAUUAUUAAUGGAGCAUGGAACUGAGCAUUCAACAGAGUCUUGUUCAAAGAAAUCAAAGGGUUUGAACAUUGGAGAAUACCAAAUUGAGGGUUUAUCCAUUGGAGGCCAUGAAACUUGCAUCAUUGUUCCUAAGUUUAAUGUAGCUUUCGAUAUUGGUCGGUGCCCACCUCGUGCUGUUUCUCAAGACUUUCUUUUGAUCUCCCAUGCUCACAUGGAUCACAUUGGAGGAUUACCGAUGUAUGUGGCGACACGAGGUUUAUACCGAAUGAAGCCGCCGACAAUUAUUGUACCAAUUUCAGUAAAAGAGGAUGUGGAGAAACUCUUUGAGAUUCACAGGAAAAUGGACCAAUCUGAGCUUAAGCACAAUCUCAUAGGCUUGGAUGUAGGAGAAGAAUUUUCUCUGAGAAAUGAUCUUAAAGUUAAAGCUUUUCGGACUUAUCAUGUAAUACCCAGCCAGGGUUAUAUACUUUACUCUGUAAGAAAUAAACUUAAACCAGAGUAUAUUGGUCUUUCUGGAAAUGAAAUUAAGAAUUUGAAGUCAUCUGGAGUGGAGAUAACAAACACUUUGGCAGAACCAGAGAUUGCUUUCACUGGAGACACCACAUCAGAUUUCGUAAGUGAUGAAAAUAACACUGAUGUCUUGCGGGCGAAAGUUCUUGUUUUGGAGUGCACCUUUCUUAACAAUUCAAUAACUGUGGAACAUGCCAGGGAUUAUGGACACACUCAUUUGUCUGAGAUAAUAAACUAUGCUGAUAGGUUACAGAACAAAGCAGUCCUUUUGAUUCACUUUUCAGCUCGUUAUACAGUAGAGGAAAUUCAACUAGCUGUAAGUGCAUUGCCACCGUCAUUAUCCGGACGCACUUUUGCGCUUACUGAAGGUUUUUAACAAGAAGUUGGAACUUUGAUUGAACACAUACAUGAAUGGAGUUUGAUUUUUCUCCUCCAUCAUUGUUGGCAAAUAUGGAAACAGUGGAAUGAAAGGAUGAAUAUACUGAUGUACUCUUCAAUUACCUAGUCUUUUCAUUUAUCAGGCUAUUUGUUGUAAUUUUUAUCUAGUAACUAAUAACUUUUGAUUCGUUUAGUGAAGUUAAAGAAAAAGAUGUUUGAAUGAUCCACUUUUACAUAUUAUUAGCUUAUGUAGUUCUUGCA